AUGGCGGACGAUGAAACACCUUCAGGCUCAGCACCAGCCCCGACGGAGACCGUAGACCCUUCAACAGGCGCUCAAACACCUGCCCAGGGCGAGCAGGCAGCCGCCACGAACGGCAACGGCCAGUCAAACCCUCCCACCGAACCACAGCACACCUCGACCGUCGAUAACAGCUUCAUCCAACCUCCUUCCGACUCGAAUCCCCAGCAACAACCACCCCCGUCGCAGACAGCAGCUCCAGACCCGGUCUACCAGUUAGCGGCCGCAAACUCGCCCCUACUCGCCCCCCAGACAGGAGCCAUCGACCACGCCGUACAGCUCCAGGCCUUGCAGCAGUUCAAUAAUGAUCAAGGGCCCUUCGAUCCCAACGUGGCUGCGCCCGCUCCUCCGCCAGCGCCAGCACCUGUAACCCAUAUCACCCAGUAUUAUGGUGAGAUCCCGGCAGGCGGCUUCUCGGACGGCUUCGAGCUGGUGACAGACGAAAGCGCUGCGAAUCGAAUGAAGAGAGAUGUCAAGCGGAGGACAAAAACCGGCUGUCUUACUUGCAGGAAGCGCCGAAUUAAGUGCGACGAACGGCAUCCAGUGUGCAGAAACUGCGAAAAGAGCAAGCGAGAUUGUCUCGGGUACGAUCCAGUAUUCAGAAGCCAGCCAGGUCCCUCUUCGCUUCAGCCAGCGCCAACUGCACAUCCCUCGCUGCAGGUCGCGCCUCAGAACCCCCAUCAAGCUGCCGGAGUCAACCAAGCGCAUCUUACCACUGCUACAGCACACUCUGUUUCACCCUCUCUUCAUAAUACCACAGGUUCAUCCGCAUCGCCGCCACAGGAGAAGUUUGACUUCGGUACCGAGCCAGAACCUACCCCCCUAGCCGCGCAGGCUCAGGUUCCAGCCCCAGCUCCGGUCACAGCUCCAGCCGAGUCAUCGAGGAGUGUAACCCCCAGGCUGACCGAAGGCCAGCCAUUGAUAGCUAUCUCAUCGACCUUGCCGGGCUCGGAGAAGAUGGAAGCGAGACAACCAAAAAUGGCUGAAUUACUAUCAAUCGGUGGCUUUACAUUGCCAGCAAUUGACACAAACCCUCUCUCUGCCACGAAGCUGGGAGAAGUUAAAAUGCUGUACAAAAUAUACGCCCAAGGCAUGGACCGCAUGCUUGAGUGUAACUGGUACGACACCCAUGGACUAUCUCACCUACUUGCCAAUCCGCGUCUUCUCUCCCUCUACUCUUCUCUCCUCGACGGCUUUACCGAUCCAAACAUUCACGACGCCCCGGUGAUCGCUCGUAUGGAGUCAUUCGAAAGCCAUGUCAUCUGGGAAAGCCUUUGCCUGUGCCGCAUCGCCCGUGCCCAGGAGCCAUCUAAUGGAAAUGAGAAUGCAACUUCGCCAGAUCCACAGCUCACAUACGCUGUCAAGCGUCUCUCUCUCCUCGAAGCUUUACUCACAGGGACUGUCCUUGAAAACAACCCCGUUGCUCGUAAUUACUACCCGGAAGACGAUCCUGCCGCCGCAGCCUCCGGGCUAGGCACGCAGAUAAAGAACCGCCAACUAAAUUUCUGGGAGUCCAUAGGAGAUUAUCUCUCCAUCCCCGACAGUGACCCAGACGCGGGCGGGAAGCGCGACAAAGCUCUCUUUGCAGCUCGUGCGUUCCUCGACAUGAUCGAAAGCCGAGACGUCGUUUAUUCUAUUGCCGUCGUUAGAAAUAUAUCCAAAUUCCAACCUCGAAAGUUCAAGCUUCCAGCCGCCUCUGAUGAAAAGGACCCAGCCGCAAAGCUGUAUGUAGCCUCUCGAUUCCUAGAGGACGAAGUCCGUGGAAAGGCGACUAGUCAGGUUGCUCGGCGGAUUUCUCAGUUGGUUGUUAGAUAUUGGGAUGAGCCUUUCAACCUUUGA